GAGACGGUGGAGGAGGGUAAACGAGCCGAAGGGGAAGUCGCCGAUGGCGGGGCGAAGGCAUCAGCAUAUUAUCAUGACCAUGUUCAGCCUGCUUUUGACAUAUCUAUUACGCUCGCUGACGUCCCCUGCGGCCAAGGAAAUGUCGGUACACGCACGGCAAGACUAAUCGGAGGGCAAAAUGCGAUUCCCCACGAGUUUCCUUGGAUGGUGAGCAUAAGCAGAAAAGGUGGACACUUCUGCGGCGGUACCAUUCUUAAUUCAAGAUUCGUCCUGACCGCAGCACACUGCCUGUGCUCAGCGAAUUCUGUAAUCCCUAUCGGUCAAUUACGGAUCAAUCUCGGCGAGUACAAUCUAAAGGGUCCAGAAGUGCCGCCGUCGAAAGAAGAGAGAGUGACGAACGCUAUCAUGCACCCUGGCCACAAAUGCGGAAAAUACGUGGACGAUAUUGCCCUUUUGGAACUCGCAAGGCCGAUCACUUGGUCGGAGAGCGUGAAACCCGCCUGUUUACCUGUGGCCACAGGGAAACCAGGGUAUAGCGCCUUCGGCGGAGAGCUGGCCAAGGCCGCUGGAUGGGGUUGGUUUGGCGAAGAUAGAUCCAAAUAUAAACGAGCGGACGUGUUGCAGAAGGUAGAGGUUCGCGUGAUCGAGAACAGCGUGUGUCGCGAAUGGUACGCGAGUCAGGGCAAGUUGACCCGCGUGGAGUCGAAGCAAAUGUGCGCCGGCCACGAAGAAGGUGGCCGCGAUUCUUGCUGGGCUGAUAGUGGCGGACCUUUGAUGAUCGGAAAUCAGCCUAAUAAUGUGAUGGUCGUAGGAGUGGUCUCAUCAGGAGUUGGAUGCGCUCGACCGCGACUUCCGGGUGUGUACACUCGAGUUUCAGAAUACAUAUCCUGGAUCACGCAACAUGUACUAUGAUGAAAUGAAAUUGAAGAUCUCAUUCGCUUCAUUUCGUACACAAGACUAUGUAUCGUAGGCAUUUUCUGUGAAUGUACUUAAAAAGAAUUAAGUGUCAUAGAAUUUUUUUUAAGAAGUUUAAAACAUAGAAACCAAUGUCUGAACUAGCUUUAUUAGAGAUUCUUAAGUUCUUGGAAGAUUACUUUGAAAGAUAA